AACGGCGCGCGCAGCAACUGUCAAAUACGACGUUAUACAGCGAUGAAAUACGUCUCCAAAAUUGAUGUGAAAAUAACGUUAUUUUAACAAACUUCCGAAACUUAAUGAGUUGAUACAACAAUUGUUUCGUGGUCUACUAAUAAUUUUCAAAAUUAUAGUAUGUCGUGAGAGGCUGCAGGUGUUUAUUUGGGUGCGGAAACCAGGUUACCGCAGCCCUACUCGUUCUAUGUCAUUGUGUGUUGUGUUUACAAAAAAUCUUAGGCCAAAAUAAUGAGACGAAAGUUAAUGUAAUUAUGGUGUCAGUGUGUGUUAAGUGUAUACAGUGUAUAACAAAUUAUUGUAAUGAGCGAGCAUGUUUAGCAAAAGAGCAUUAUAAAUAAAAACAAUGAAAGAUAAAGAUGUCGAGAUGCCUGCGGAUAUUCGGAGCUUACUCCUUCAGGUUGACAAGGAAACACUCGACCAUACUUCUCAUAGGUUUCUUCAUACUAACCAUAACCGCAGUACUUCAGAUGUACGCGUACAGACACCACGAGCACCCACUCCCACAGCGGAGGGUCGGUGAUUUUAGCUACAGCCCAGGCGCCUUUUUAAGAGGCCGCCAGCCCGGGAACAUGAGUUUUUGCAUGUUCAACUAUGGCCUGCCGAAUACUCUCAGAUGGAGGUCAAUCUCAGUACUGCCGUCCCCUGAAACUGGCAGCAGAAGCCACUACGGUGUUAUCUACAAUGCCAUCACGGGUAUGGCGUUCCUUAACACCAGCAAAGUUGACGCAGUGACGUAUGUUACUCAAGCGACCCCAGAAUUUCUCUAUCAUGUAGUGGAAAUCGCAAAGUUUUGGGAUGGUCCUAUCAGUCUUGCUACAUUUGUACCUAGCUACGAUCUAGACAUUGCUAUGCAAAUAUUAGACCACUUAUGCCAUUGUUACCCGAUGAUGGCUAAAGUUUCAGUCCAUUUAUUUUUCCCAAAACGUUUGUUACCCAAGUUAAGAACUUUGAAAGAGAGAAGAAAGUUUUUAACCACACCACCUCCGCCAGUUCAGAUGGUAAAUAUAACGACGAAAGAAUUAUUGAGACAGAAAUUAGAGAACUAUCGCAAGUUGAACAAUAAGACUAGAGCAGAAUACAUACAGAGAGCGCGAAAGAAUAAAAUAGAACGUAUGAUGUUAAAGCUUCCAGAUUCAGGAUUCGUUGUUCCUGACUUUAGAUUUGAGGAUUGUGCAGGACAAAACAUAGAUUAUACAAAUACAUAUAGACGAUCAACAUUGAUGAUGUAUCCAAUAAACGUUGGUAGGAAUGUUGCGAGAAACGCGUCGACGACCAAUUAUUUCUUAGUGUCUGAUAUAGAAAUGGUGCCGAGUCAUGGUUUGGCGCCGAAAUUUUUGAAGAUGAUUCGAAAAUUAAUGGGAGAUGAGAAAAGGGACGCUGGCUGUGUGUUUGCUAAGACUGUGUUUGUCGUACCUCUGUUUGAAGUGGAGAGAGGAGAGAAAAUCCCGCACGAAAAAGUGACGUUAAUUCAAAUGAUAGCCACGAACCGAGCGACAUACUUCCACCAGCGAGUGUGUCCUCAUUGCCAGCGGUUUCCAGGACUCCAGACCUGGCUUAUGAGACCCUCGAAAAAUGUUUUAGAGCCCAUGCUGAUAGCCAAGCGAGAGUACCCGUACCACAGAUGGGAGCCGCUCUACUUCGGCACUAACAAGGAGCCCUGGUACAGCGAAGCCCUAUCCUGGGAGGGUCGGCAGGACAAGAUGACACAGAUGUUGGAGAUGUGCCUUCAACAAUAUCGGAUGGUGGUACUCGACGGAGGUUUCCUCUCCCACGCAGCCAUCCCCAGGUCCAAGCGCCACAGGAAAAGAGCCGAAAAUAUCAAUACAAAGAAGUAUAUGAAAAUCAUCAAGUGGUUCAAAGAGAAAUAUGAGGAACGACAGGAGUGUAAGUUACUCUGGGGCUGCCCAUCUUAUGUGAAAUAGUCACACAGACGCAAGUGACUGGUUAAAUGUUUGGAGUUCCUCAAGGAGCAAUAUUGGGUCCUUUGUGAAACUUGGAUAGGAUUUGCGAAUAGAUUGACCUGGCGAAAUAUAACCCGGUAAUUGAUUUAAGGCACUAUACUCACGAUUCUUACUGCUUUUUCAAUAAAACACGUGCAACAACCCAGCAAUGUACGAAUCUGACAUUUGCAAUUUUUGUACCUAGACGUUCAUCACGCAAUUUUUUUCUUGAUACACAAGAGCUUGAUAAAAUCUCCUGUAAUAUAUUAUGUAAAUGAUAUUCAAGGUUACAUGUCUUGAACAGUGAAGUUCUAGACCUGACUCCGGUAAAUAUGCAAAUGUAAGAGCGGUAAUGUUGAUAUUAUACAAAGUGUACCAAAUAGAUGGAAUAUGUUUAUUCGAAAUAAGGAACAUUGCAUGACUUUGAAUGUAAUAUUUUCCGAUUCUUGAUGCUAAUGAGCUUAUGAAAUUGAUGCAGAUUUUCGUUUAGAUUCCAAGCCUAUAAGAUUAUUGAUUCAAAACAUAGUAUUUUAUCAGAUACGAUAAAUAGCUUACAGUUAAGGUGACUUCAGACAUGCUAGUUGGUUAUUGCAGUUGUGAUAUUGGUUCUCGUUUUGAAGU